CAGGAAGUAAUAUUAAAAACUGCGCAGUUCAUCAAGCAAAUUACAAACAAUCAUGUCGUUUCUGUCAGGAGCAUUGAUGUUUAAUAGGUGUAAUAAAGCAGGUGCGGCAGAGAUUUUCACAAAUGUUCUCAGACAGAAUCCUAACAACUAUCAGGCGCUUAUGUGGAGAGCGAAGUCUUAUUUCAUCCUCGGACAAGCAACGAAUGGACUUGAAGACUAUCAAAAAGCUGCGCAGGUCAGCAAUGGCUUUCAAAAAGAGCUUGCAAUGGCGGAACAUGAAUGUCAUUGUGGCGUCACAUUGGACAGAGCUGUCGAAAUAUUCCGUAAUCUAACAAUUAGGUUUCCAAGGAACUGGCAGUGUUUCAAAAGACUUGGUGACUUUUUCAGUAUGAAAGAUUACAAUGAGACAGCUGCGGAACACUACCAAAAAUCGAUUGCCAUCGUGCGACAGGGGGGGCGACCUGAGCGAUCCUGAACUUUGCUGGCUAUUUCAUGACCUUGCACGCAUUUACCUGAAGAAAGGCGAUUUCCAAUCAGCAAAAUCAUAUUAUGAAAACGCCAUCGAAUUAUGCCUGACCCACACCACAUCACACAUCGGCUUAUGCCUGGCAAACACAGCUCUUGGAAACACCGAUUUGGCUAGACAGGACUUUCAAACUGCAAAGGAGUUGAACCCAGUUCUCGUCACCGAGAAAUGCGGAAUGAACACAUAUGAAGAUUUACAGAGACAAAUGAUGCAAGCCACAUCAGAGCCACAGGCGUCUGCAAACGCUGGUGGGACUUUGAGAGGAGGAGGUGGAGGUAGACGAGGUGAAAAUGAAGGAGGCGAUGGUGGAUCUAGAGGUGGGGGCAAGGGCGGCAAUGGAGGGGGAGGUGGUGGUGGAAACGAUGAUGAUGUUGUAAAUGCCCUGUGGAAAACAAUUAAAAAAGAAGCCCCCAAGUUGGGGAGGUAUCGGGGUCGUACUUACGCUCAAUCCAAGUGCGGCAAAUACUGGUACAGCAAGGAUACCGCUCGUCAUGGAGGGGCAGCAUUUAAGCGCUAUCGAGACACGAGAAGUUCGCUCGAGUUCCUCGAUUCACUUGACAGUAAGCUGGAUCCUAUGUCCGCCAAACACGAGUCCAGAGAGGGAACAACGAUCAAGAAGUCGGAGAUGACUGGCAUCUAAAGAGUGCCAGACAAAAUGAACUGUAACACGUUUAUCUUGAAGAAUUUAAAAUCAGUUAUUUUGCAACAUAAUCACAUAUUGAAAUUUUCCUUUCUGUGUUAAAUUUCCGUUGGGUUUUGGUCACAGUGUAUGCCAGAGUUGUAUUGUUUUUUAUCUAUACAUUUUUAACAUACAUUUUGGAUAACUAUGAAAUUUAAAGGGACUCGCUCAACUCUUGACCCAAAAAUAAGUUUUCCCGAUAAUGCAUCUGAAAACUCCUAUUUUAUCAUUAUUUUACUCUAUGACAUCGAAAUUUCAAAAAAUAUAAUAAGAAUAUAAAAACUAUUGUGGAUUUACCUACGCCGGUAAAGUGAAGAAACAGUUAGAUAACUGCAGCUGUAACCACUAGGCCACAAGGACUUUAAAGACAGAUAUGGAUAUUUUGACGUUAGAACAAUACAUUGAUAACAUCACGUGAUAAUCUCAACCAACCAAUCACGCAAUAACGAAAUCGUUGAAAGCCGUAGGUUAAUGCUAAUGAAAAUUGUGGUAUUCAAACGAUAUGCAAAUGUCAAAAUUUGCUGAAGGGUUCCAGCUGUCAGAUAUUAGUUUUAAGUAACACGUCUAAUGACUUGCAACACUUUUCGUCAGAAAGAAAUAGUGCAUUUUACAAACCAUGGGCGAGUCCCUUUAAGUAGUUAAUACCCAUAUAUCUCAUCGCAUACUAGCAGGCCCUCUACUAACAAUAUAACAAACGUUUCAAUACUGCACUCAUAAUUAUUAUUCAUGUGUAUAAUUCGUUUUUCUUUCUUGGUUUAAUUAAUUGCUGUUUAUCAAGGUCAUGAAAUGUUGGGGUUUUACUGGGAUUAUGGACUAUACUAUUCUUUACUCAUAUAUAUGUAUGCUAUUAUUACCUUAUUAUACUUAGAUGAAUAUUGUUUACUUUAUUACUGUGUAUGCAUAUAUUGAUAUGUGUUUGCCAUUGUUUAUGUGCAUUUAAAGAUGCACUCUUACUACCAGAUAAGAUUUACCACAAUUAAUAAUUGUUUUAUUAUUCCAAAAAGGAUGAAUAAAUGUCGAAAACAAUGGUUCUUAUGAAGGAU